AUGUCAGGAAUGAUCCGUCGAAGAUGUUAUGCUUUCAACACAUCUUUACCAUCGUCUCAUUCCGCAAAGAGUCGGAAAGUUUCAUUGGAAGAGAAGGAUCUGCUGGUUGAUGAACUACCUGCUGGUUUAAUCCGUGAACGUAUUCCAAAUCAUGUUGCAGUGAUAAUGGAUGGCAACCGUAGGUGGGCAAAACAGAAAGGACUGACAACUAGGGAUGGCCACGAUGCUGGUCUUGGGAGAGUUUUAGAACUUAUUCCAUUAUGUUGCAAGUAUGGAGUCAAGGUCUUAACGGUCUUUGCAUUCUCAACCGAGAACUGGAAUCGAUCUCAAGAGGAAGUGGCCAUCAUAAUGCUGUUAUUCGGGAAGUUAUUUAUGGAGAACUUGGAGACAUUCAUGAGGGAAGGAGUUCGAGUAUCGGUGAUAGGAGACUGGGCGAAGCUCCCUAGAUCACUUCAAAGAUGCAUAACAAAGGUAACAAAAAGCACAAACAACAACACAAGAUUUCAUUUGAUUAUGGCAAUCAACUAUGGCGGAAGGCAUGACAUUAUACAGGCAUGUAGGAAUAUUUCUCACAAAGUAAAAGAUGGUGUGAUAAAACCGAAAGACAUCAACGAAGCCUUAAUUAAUCAAGAACUUCGAACAAAUUGCACGGAAUUCCCUUACCCUGACCUACUGAUCAGAACUAGUGGUGAGCAAAGGAUAAGUAAUUUCUUAAUGUGGCAAUUAGCUUACACUGAACUAUACUUCGAGUCAUCAUUUUGGCCUGAUUUCGGCAACAAAGAAUUUGUUAAGGCGUUACUCUCAUUUCAAGGAAGAAAUAGACGUUUUGGAGGAGAACCUUCACCAGGAAAACAAAUCGGUUAA